AUGAAAGACCUAGUAUUAGCACCAAAGAGCAAGAUCGAGAUGAGCACAUACCGCAAACAGCUCCAAUCCUUGGAAGCACUGUGGGCUGGAAAACCAGAACCCGAUUUCAAGAAGAAGCGAGUUCCGCCCCCAAACGAGGGAAAGGGCCUGUAUGACCCCGUGUUGGCACCAAAGAGCAAAAUCGAGAUGAAGAACUAUCGCCAACAGGUCAAAGCCUUGGAAGCUCUGCGUGCCGGAGAGCCAGAACCCAAAUUCAAGAAAAAAGGUACUGUGGUGCAGAGACAAAAUUCUUAUUGGGGGAACGGCUGGGACGACCAGAUAAAAGCUGAGCGUAUUGAACGUAAAGAGGCACAGGCACAAAAGAACCUCAAAGCCAUCAACAGCGCUCGAUCUAGAGCGGAGAAGAAGAGGAAUGACCACGCGAACACUGUUCGAGCUAGGGGCAUGCCACAAACCUAUUUCAGGAAGAGUAUGCCAGCGGCUGCGAAAAUGAUAGACAUGUGCGAUUCCGAACCACGUGGGGGGCCGAAAAUCACGACUAGAGCGCAGAGAAGUAAGAUUCCUAUACCGCUAUUGGCUGAUGUACCGGCUCGUAGACCAAGCCUUCGCGGGAAGUCGAAGGCCGACAAGACCGCGCAUAAAAGCCCGCCGCAGCUAGAAGCAGAGCCAGAAAUACUCAAAGGGAAGGCACUGUACAACAAAUUGACGACCCCCUCGGCCCAAACCCCGACUCGUAGAAUGAGUUUCAACGCGUACGGUCAAUCAGCAAUUAACAAAAGGGGCAUUUUAGUUCCAACUUAUUAUGUUCCAACAGACGAGGAGAAGGAAGCAGCGGAGAAAGCAGCGAGGGUGAAGGUUUUACAAGCCGCUGAGAGAGAGCAUGAUGCUAUGCUGAGAAAGCUUGAAGAAUCUUUCGAAGACCAGGACAAAAGACUCGAAGCGAGGCGCAAGAGAGAAAAUAUCGAUGACCGGAUCGAAUUACGAUCAGAAGAAAGUCUGCGUCAAAGGCGUGAUGUAGAGUUUCUGAAGAAGAGACCAGUUGGACUGUUCAGAGCACUCUACUAG